AUGAGCGCGCGAGAGAAUGAGUUACUUCCGUAUGCGGGUGCUUACACCAAGUUCAUGGACUGUGUGCUGCUGCUAUACUGCACGCUGGAGGAUCCCACGCUGUUGCUGAACGGGCAGAUGCCACAGGAACCAUGGUUCCGCCGCUGUACUCUCGGAGAGAUCAGGAACCGAGGCAGCCAGAAAUUAUAUAAAGAAGUCAUGCAGAGAGCGGCAAUCGGGAUCAUAUUGAAAACUGAUCCACUACACCCGGAGCGUGGGUCACCACCCACGCAGUCUGCACUCCCGCUAUCUGGACCACUCAGGCAGGAGGGAGCGGUUAUCAAAACAGAGGCAGAAGGGUCGGUGGCGGUCAAUGAAGAGCCUGGCGGAACCGGGACUGUAGAUGACGGCGGUAUUAUUUGCCGCAGCGUGGUGCGUCCUGGUCGUGCUGUCAGCAAUCUGUCGGAGGAAAAUGGGGCAGACAAGGUGGGCGCGCUGGAUAAAACCUGCUCCAACUUAGCUAGUGCAACCCGCAAGGGUCCCUGCUGUGGCUCCACCGACCACCAGAGAGCAGACAGUAAUGAGGGAGCCGUCAGCGCAAGCGACCUGGUCUACAACGAAUUCCAGCAAAUGCUCAUCGAUCUUCACCAGGCUUGGGCAUUCGAAUAUAUCAACGGGACCAGUCAUAUGUCGUGGGAUGAGUGCUGCGCACAAGUGAAGCUUUACCUGGACAAGUACAGACCCAAUCUGUUUCAAACAGUUCAGCGAUCUGGUCUCUUAACCACCAUGAAGCAAUAUUUUUCUUUCAUAGAUUAUGAACCCCACCGCGUGCAACGAUACAGGUCCCUGGAAGACUAUAAUCGAGACAAGAAAUAUACCACUCAGAGCGACGAGAGCGAUGAGACCAUCAACCAGCAGCAAAACCACAUUAACCUCUGGUUCGGGGGACAAGUGAUUGCUUCUGAAACCGACCCGGAACCCCCGUCUGUAGAGGAACAGGAACUGAAUAGGAUUAAGAUGAGGUUUGGAAUCCCUGUUAGGGACGAAAGUGUAGACAUCAUGGAAUGA